AAGACCCGCAAAAAUGGUUUACAAUUUAUUGUGAAAAUCAAAUACAAAUAAAAAUGUCAUCCUUUGUGGUUAAAGUACUCCAGUGCUCACUUUCACAUAGUCAAAGGGAUAUAAAGCCAUUUAUUUAUGUACGGAGCAACUGGAUGGACGACGAAGUGGAGUUUGACUUCCUGUCCACUUCUGAUAAUCAAAACUACCGGGGAAGUCUUAAAUACGAGGAGCUACGGAAUGGUGCCAGUGAUUUGGAGCAGUCCUAUGAAGUCUUCUUUGCAGAGUGCAAAAAUGCCAUGACCACCCACAUGGGCCUCCAAGGAUUCGACUACGAUAUUUCCCUGGAGAAUGGAGAUAAACAAGUCUUCAAAAUGUACAAAUGCAAAGGAUACGAAACGCUAUAUUUGGAAGUUCCACUGAGAAAAGUGUCCAAUUGCUACCAAUUACUGGAUGCAGCCAUAGAAGCUGGACAACAGAAGCCUCAAGCAGCUCCGGCCCCAGAAUCCGAUGUCAAAGAAACCACAUCUCUUGCUGAAUAUGAAAAGUAUGUGAAGGACUCCAAGCUAAAGGAGGAGGAACUGCUCAGGAAAUUCCUACUGCUGAUAAACAGCAAGAAGGCUUACAUCCGGGACUUAGAGAGCCAGUUGGAAGAGCGAUCGAAGAAGUCCUCAAAACAAAAAAAAAGUCAAAAGAUUUUGUCAGAGGACGAAGAAGAUGAAGCCUACGGAGCAGCCACUCAAGUCAUGAAUAUAGAUAACGAUUCGGAUUAAGCCAAUCCAAAAUUUAUCAUUGAAACAUCUCACCUUCGGUAUGUGCUUGAAAUGUAUUUCCUUUUUGUUUUAGUUUUUUCGUUUCGAUUGUUUGAUUUUGUAAAAUAAAUUAGCUUUAUAAUGUAUGUAUAUGUAUAAAUAAACAACAAAUAGACUUGUAACGUAAUACAUUAAAUUACCAUCAAUAUGUGUA